AUGGCCAGCAAAGGAAAGCCGGAAAUCCCCCUCUCCGCGGACCUCCCUCCGCUGAUCAUGGGCACCGCGACCUUCAAUUCCCAAUACAACGUCGACCCGUUCGCCCUUCCCACAACGGCUCUCGUCCAUCGCGCUUUUUCCGCCGGUGUCCGCGCAUUCGACACUUCACCCUACUACGGCCCGGCCGAAGAGCUUCUUGGAUACGCUCUCUCUACACCCUUUGUCCGCGACAACUAUCCCCGCCACAAAUACCGUUUGAUCACCAAGGUCGGCCGCCUUGCGUCCGCCUCAUUCGACUAUUCGCCGACCUGGAUCAGACGGAGUCUGGCACGGAGUUUGUCGCGUCUGAACACCCAAUAUCUUGACCUGGUAUAUUGUCACGACGUUGAGUUCGUUUCGGCGGAAGAAGUCCUCGUCGCCGUGAAAGAGCUGCGCCGGAUUCGCGACGAAGAGGGCACCAUACGAUAUGUGGGGAUAUCGGGCUAUCCGGUGGGCGUCCUAUGUGACCUUGCGGAGAGGAUACUCAGAGAAACGGGCGAGCCGCUGGACGCGGUGAUGUCCUACGCGAAUUUCACCGUGCAGAAUACAAGAUUGGUCUCGGAGGCGCUCCCUCGCCUUCUUGCGGCCGGUGUGGAUGUGGUGCCCAAUGCGUCGCCGUUGGGCCUGGGGCUGCUGAGACGCCACGGUGUGCCCAUUGGAAGCAUGGGUGAUUUCCACCCUGCGCCGGUUGGGCUGCGAGAUGCGGUGAGGGAAGCGAGUCGGUGGGUGGAGGAGCAGGGCGAGAGGAUUGAAAUCAUUUCCAUACGUUACGCGCUCGAAGCUUGGUUAAGGGAAGGCUCGGCGGUGGGAUCGCUGGGAGAACCAUUGGCCUCUUCGUCGUCGUCGUCGUCAUCGUCGAAUGGCGCUUCUAGUCAAACAGCUGCUCCUACAGGACGCAAACUGGGCAUCAGCGUCAUGGGCGUUAGCAAAAUGGAGGAGCUUGAUGAAACGCUUCGUGUCUGGCGGGAGAUCAUCGGUGGUCUUGAGGAGAUAGUCGAUAUCGAGAACUCGGAGAAAGCCCUCACUGAACAUGCUGAUUCUGUGACCGUGAGACCCACCGCAUCGCAGGAUAGCUCACUUUCCAUCCUCCCCGUGAGCGAUAAUGUUCCCAGCCACGAACGGUCUCAUAUUCGCCGUCAGGAGAUCCUCGCUCUCGUCACUGGGAUACGGAAGGUCCUGGGACAGGAAUGGGUGGAUUUUACGUGGUUGAGUCCUGAAAAAGGAUUCACCAACCAACCUCCUCCGCCAGGCUACGAUAAAGAUAUUAAAUAUUAA